UAUGCACCGAGGAGCUUGAGGGAGUCCUGGUCCCUGGAGCUGGAGCCCAUUUUCCAGCACGCGUAUACGAGCCAGCAAUCGCACCGCCCAUCGCAGUUGAUGCUGUGUACCAGUAUAACUGCUACGACCUCGAACUCUACACCCAGACGUGCCGGCGAUGAUCCAUGGCACGCAGACCACACCCCCACGUUGCUAUCCCCUCAGGAGCUGCCCCUCCAACCAACCCAUCUCCCUCCUCUGCCUGGUCAGCAUAUCUUCUGCCAUCAUCGUCUCAUGACCCCUCCACUUCUAGUUAUUACACCGAUUCCGGCUAUGGCGGCUACUCCUCCUCUCAACUCUCCCCGCUCGCCCCUAGGAUCAGCCUGGAUGCCCCGUCUCGUCCCACCAGUCGCCCUUCGAGUUACGUCGAACAGGAUGCGAACCGUAUCAGGUUUCCCGAGCCCCAACUCUACCGGUCUUCAUCCCAGCGCGCCUCGCUUCGCCCUGGCCCGCCGUCUCUUGCGCACCGAGCGACGCGGAGUGAGCUGACGGUGAGCCCCAUUCAUCGUUCGUCAAGACCGCCGUCGUUCGUGUCGACGUCUUCGACGAGCAGCCCGGAGUUUACGCCGACGGAACUUUCUGAGGAGCUCUCCGGUCUGACUCUCGCAUCAGAGGAAGGCCUCCGGCGCUUUCAGGCGGGAGAGCUGCCCGAGAACGACCAGGAAUGGUACAAGCUCGUUCCGCCUGAAGCGCGCGAGUCGAUUAUGUUCGAGAUCAUCAAGUCCGAGAGAGAUUAUGUCAACGAUCUCUUGUUAGUCAAGGAGGUCUUCGUGGAACCGCUGGUGAAUACGUCGCCGGUACCGCAACACCGCUUGCAGGGCUUCGUGAAAGAAGUCUUCUACAACCUCGACGAGAUCCACGACCAGCACCAGCGGAUGCUCGGGAGUCUCUUCCAGAAGCAGCGCGAGUUUCAUCCGUUGAUUGAUAGCGUGGCGGAGAUUGUCAUGAAUCUACUUCAUCAGCAGUGCAUGCAGGACCCACGUGUUCGAAAACGCGACCUCAUCACUUUCCUCUCGCGGCCGGUGACGCGCCUCCCGCGAGACGCUCCGAUCAUUCUGGAGAUCCUAAAGACGUUCGUGAAGAGCACCCAGCCCGGCAUCGCCGCGGCAGAGGACAAGGUCAAGUUCUGGGAGCUUGCGAGAGCCUGUCCUACCAGAAGGGCGAGAUCUUGGUGCGUGCUGAUUGGGGUGGCAGGACUCGACCUGUAUGACGAGAAGCGGACGCUGGUGUAUUCCGGUCCGCUCGGGAGAAGAUGGAUCGAUCUGCACGUUGCCCUCCUCGACAACUACCUGCUGCUUCUGAAGCCGGAGAGCCGUCCCGGCGGAGUUACCAAGCGAUCUGUAGUCUCCCGCGUAAGUACUCCGACGUUAGUCCCAAGAACGAAAGGAGCAGCGGAGGACGGCAGUCUGUUCCACUUCCGGAGCAACUACCGCGACGUAUGGCCGUUCACGAUCUAUCAUGCGUAUGAGAAGUCUCGCCGGCGGUAUACCCUGUUCGCGAAUAGCGAGACGGUCCGGGAGAGGUGGCGCCAGCAGGAGUCGAACAUGUGGUUUGCCCCACAUACUGUCCACGAAAGGUUCUUCAGGUAUUCGGAGUCGUUGGUCCCGCAGAUCACUGCUGUGGCUCCAAUGAUUAGCGGAGGGAAGAGCUUACUCGUGGUCGGCUGUGCCUCUGGCGUAUAUGCCGCGCUACGCAAUGAAUUCGGUAUUUCUCAAUUGUCGAAUGCGACAAGCAUGGUUGCCCUGCCCGAGUUCAACAAGCUGCUGAUCCUCUCAGACCACUACCUGUACGCCUACUCGCUCGACCUCAUCUCACGUGCAGCUGCAGGCCAGUCGACGACGGAGCACCUGGAAUCGACCCGGCAGGUCAUUGCAGGCCAUGACGGUGGCGUACUGUUUUUCGAAGUAUUGUCACUGAUCCGCUGGAUAGUCCUGUAUGCAUCAAAGCGGAUUCUGCAGGUCUUCUUCAAUGCUAUAGAGGUUGUGCGUUCAGAUGAAGCACCAUUCCCGCCGAGACGAAAUACACAGUCAGGCGCACCAUCAAAUUAUCGACCGUUUGGCGAGGUAUUUGAUCCUCUGGAGAUGAUGUCGUCCUGUCCGAUCCCGAAAGACUCGCAUGACUUCACGGCGCUACACACUCGCAUCGGGGUAUGUCAUGAACGGGGCAUCACGAUUGUCGACCCCACCAAUCCGGGUGCAUCCAGUGUGAAUCCGGCUGUCAUUCCGAAGUUCGGAGGGGCGGACAGCAGUGCACCGUUAUACGCGCUGAAGAGUCGCUGUCAAGAUGCAAAGCCAUUGGGACUCGUGCGCUGUCUAAAUGAGGAAAUAUUGGUCGUUUAUGAUGAUGUCGGAUGCUACAUCGACAAGCAUGGGGUGCCGUGCCGCUCAGCGGGGUAUCUCCGCUGGGAGGCGAAAGCGACCGCGUUCGCACACAGAGGCGACCAUAUCUUGCUCUUCUCGCCAGAGUUCGUCGAAGUGCGCACAGUGCAGACGGGCAAGCUCGUACAGGUCAUUGAGACCCCGGACGUCCGCCUGGCAUAUCAAGGAAUGCUGCCAACAGACCCGACGGUGCUUGUUGCAUGCCGAGGACGGUCGGAGCGCGGCGUUGUCACGGAUAAGAUCGUCGAGCUGGUGGAGACGUCGGAGAUCACAACGCCUCGCGCGACGUCGGCUGUCACACCUGGAGUUUGGGAUGAGUGGGACAUGUAGAUCGGUUGACUGGGGAAUUUAGGAGGCACUUGGUUUCGAUGACGGAUGUCUAUUGCUACUGAUUGUAUACCGCAGAAAGGUCGUAUUGUAUCUGCAGCUUUCAUUAUACCUAUGUAAUGUACAAUCUCAAAGUAGUGACUUAUGUAACGCUGUAGAAGUCGAGAUAGUAUACGUACUGUAUUUUCGUGCUCAACCUCUGGUGAAUCAGCAUUUGUGGCAGUUUGAGACUGA